AUGCCCAUCUUCCCGCAUCUUGGACUCCCACCAACAGCCUCUGAUCUCCCUUCUUUGACAAUUGAUCACAAUUCGUUUGCAAUGUCGUCCGCCGCAAGUCCAGCAGGCCACUCGACUGCGAAUGGGGCUGCCCGACCUGACGCGCAGGCACCGCUCCCAGUCCUAAGCCGUUCGCUUCUUGUUGAGCACCAGGCACGAGGCAAAGAAGGAAUCCUAAAGGAUCCGUGCUUCUACAUGAUCAAUGCGGUCAACGAGAGAGUCAGCAAGGAUCUCGAGGGCUAUGGCUUUGGUCAUAGGGACCUGGACAAGGUGCUUGUGAGAUUCUUCCGUUACGUCUUCGAAUCGAUGAACCCCGAUCUCGAAAAAGCAUGGAAGACGUACAAAAAGAAGUCGGAUAGCCCAGAGUAUGCGGAUGGGCCGACCCAAGCCCAAGGCAAGUGA